CUUGCGACUCUGCUUCCGUUCGAGGGGGCUCGAGGAGAGCCACAGAGUACCGAAGUGAGUGGUGUGUGCCUGGACCGAGAGUCGGAUGGGGGCAGGACGAAGUUUUUUCUCUCUUCCCGGUAGCCGAGAGUACUCCGGUCCACAUUGGUGGGAGAGAGCUCGGAGUGGCGCACUAAUUCGAAAAAUAAGUCUCCCCGUCCCCCUUCCCCCUUCUCUAAGCCACGCGAGAAGCACACUUGACCGAAGCACACUCCGCCGGAAGGGUGCACAGUGCGGUCGAGUGUUCAAUAAGGCGAUUAAUAAAAAUCCGUGCAUCGUCACAACGCGCAUUUGUCAUCGCUCCUCGAAACUUCGAAUUCUAAUGUGCUUUCGUGUCGUCUUUUCCUCCGUCUAAUUAACUUUCUACUUCUUUCCCAAGUGUGCCAAAAACUGAAAAGUGAUAAAAAAAACUUUGGACUCGGAAGCUCUGAGGUUUUCCAGUUCGGGAAAAAGACUCCCUCGGUACUAGGAUUUGUACAAUGUUCUUUGUUGGGUGCACGGAAAUUGGGCAGCCGGGCUACAGGCCGAGUGUUUAAGGACUAAUUAAUGACGCGUUAAUACCUUAAGAAUAAAAGUUCCCCGGCCAAAGGCGACGUUUCGAUCAUUGAACCAGAGCUCCGAGGAAAGUUCAUUCAUUGACAGAUGCGAGUGACAGUUUGUCUUCGCAGAUACCGGGACUGAGAAUGGAAGACACAGCAGCGAGCAAAAUGGAAAGCGCCGAUUCCCCGAAGAGUUCACAGCCCGGUCAACCGACGCCAUUCAGCAUCGAGGACAUACUGAGCAGAUCGGAUUCGCAAGUGGAGCACAUGGAGAGCCAGAAUGACGAGGAGACCAGAAACGUUUCGGUAUCCUUGCGGAGAUGUCACAUGGACAACAAUUACGAGAGAUUACAGUGCGGCUCGAACCUCGAUAACAAUCAUCGGUACUCCAAUCGCGCAGUGUCUUAUUCGCGGUUACCGGUUUCACCCGAUUGCCAAUUAAAUGUCGCCCGGGAACUGGACAUUUUGAGGCGGAAUCUAACGCAAGCGAAUCUUUCGGGUUUCGGCAAUCUUCAGCAUGUCAUGCCGUCGUCGAGCUUCAAAGGUCUCGAGACACUUGGCAGCUUGGCUGCUUAUCAUCAGGAGGUGAAAGAAGCGAGGGCAUCGGCACAGAGACAGCAGGACGAAGCUUUGGACAUGAGCAAGAGCAAGUACCUCGAUGACAUCGAGGACGACAUGUUCGAGUCCCAGGGUCACGGGCAGUCACUCCAAGCCAGAAAAAAACGAAGCAGAGCCGCUUUUUCACACGCCCAGGUCUACGAGCUGGAAAGGAGAUUCGCUGCGCAAAAAUAUCUGUCGGGGCCCGAAAGAGCUGAUCUGGCUAGGGGCUUGAAACUCACAGAGACCCAAGUGAAAAUUUGGUUUCAAAAUCGAAGGUACAAAACAAAGCGUCGCCAGCAACAAGAGCUGGGUGCCCUGGUGAGUUCUAACUCUGGAAGGCGAGUAGCGGUACGAGUGCUCGUGCAUCCGGACGAACAUUUGAGAGGAUUGCCGUUGCGAGGAGGCGGGGGGCAGCUUCCGGGUCAGAUCUCCUGUCCGCAGAUUCAUCCGAGCGCAAACAAAGCGCUGAAUGGUUUCCCGUACUACUGUCUGCCCUAUCAUCCCUUACUCUGUCCACCCCUUCAUGGCACGCAGAUUCAGGUGCAGCCCUCGAUACCGACGGAAAUAAGCGACCAGGUACCGCGUGAUACGCAAAUCAUGAAAAUAAAUGGCGAAAAGUAGGAAAAUAUUUAAUUUUGUUGGCGUCAUGAGGAUCCAGAUAGAGUUGAACAACCGUGCACGUGAGUGAAGAGCAAAGAAAAACGAAUGGUGCACACAAUUUUUUAGAUAAUUCUUCAAAUAGUUAAUGAAAUAAAUGAAUAAAUAACGACACUUGGAAAUCACCAAAGAGGUACGAAUAUGAAAUAUCUUCGAUUGUAAUCGUAUUUAUUAUAGUCUAAUUUAUAUACAAUAUUAUAUUAUAAGAAAAUGAAAAAGCGUUAUUACAUUAAGGAGGAUUGUGAUUGUAUAUUAGGGUGUAAAUAAAUGUAUA